ACAAUAUUUAUUUUAAUAAUUAUAUAUUUGCUCCUUGUAUACUCCUAUAACCAAAUAAAAUUUUGUUUAUUUAAAAACAUUGCGGUAAUUUCAUGCAAAAGUACAUAUGUACGUAUGCAUGUCACCGACUGGCCCAAGCAGACUCUAACACAUAGAGAGAAUCAAACAAAUUAAAUGUUAAAUCGAAGGAUUCCUUAAAAUUAAUUUAAACUAACGCUGUUAAACAAAAUGCACGCCGUUUGGAACUACUUGUUGCUUAUAUGUCUAUACUGUUUAUCAGAAAAUACUUGCAUUGCGACCACUAACAGCGUAUCUAGUGUUAGCGCAGACGCCGAAAUAAGUAAAAAACAAGAAAAUCCAAAUGGCAAACCAAUUGUGCAUACAACUUCACCUUCACCUUCAGCAUCGCCGCAUUCGGAGGCCGUGCAGUCAUAUUCUGUAAGUGGUGACAAUUCUCCGCAUUUUGAACCACAUCAUCAUAAGAGCUCAUAUAAUCUCUUGAGCGAAGCGAUGUCGCAGGCCGUCAGCAAUGAGUUUAGUCCGAUAAACAGCGGCUCUUCUGACAACACUUGCAAUAGUGAGGAUUUUGAUUGUUAUAAUGGAAACGUACAGGAUCGCCUCGGAAUGGAAGCUAUUGCCAGUUUACAUCGUCAAUUAGAUGACGAUGAUAAUGGAAAUAUUGAUUUGAGCGAAUCGGAUGACUUCCUUCGCGAAGAAUUAAAGUAUGAUUCUGGAUACGAAAAACGUCAAAAAGCAUUUCAUUUUAAUGAUGAUAUGCAUAUUUCUGUUAAAGAACUUUGGAAUGCUUGGUUGCGUUCAGAAGUUCAUAAUUGGACUAUUGAGCAAACCACCGAUUGGCUAGCACAGUCUGUUCAGCUUCCACAGUAUGUUGACUUAUUUAAAUUACACAAGGUUACUGGAGCUGCUUUGCCCAGAUUAGCUGUUAAUAAUCUACAUUAUGUCAGUAAUGUGCUUGGAAUAAAAGACCCCAUACAUAAGCAAAAAAUAUCUCUUAAGGCUAUGGAUGUGGUAUUGUUUGGACCGCCGCGAGAGACGGGCACUCGCUGGAAGGACUACAUUCUUGUUACGCUUCUAUUAAGUGCAAUUAUCGGAUGCUGGUACGCUUAUCAACAAAACAAAAAUGCCAAGCGUCAUUUAAGGCGUAUGGCACAAGAUAUGGAAGGAUUGCAGAGGGCUGAACAGAGUCUACAAGAGAUGCAAAAGGAAUUGGAACUUGCUCGUAUGGAACAGGAAAAUGUGGCCACGGAAAAAAUGGACCUCGAGCGACGAUUAAAAGAAGUGCCCGUAAUAAGUUCGAGUAGCUCAGAUCUGGAAGUACAACAGCUGAAAAAAGAAAUUGAAAUGCUUCGCAAUGAACUGACGCGUGCCGAAUUCGAGCUUGUCGACAAUUGUUGGGCGCCCCCACAGCAGUUGCAGUCAUGGCUCCAAUACACCUAUGAGCUGGAGAGCAAAAAUCAUCAAAAGAAACGCGUGUCGGCUGAAAAGCAACUGCAAACUGCACGGGAAGCCUGUGAAAAGCUGCGGAAAAAGCGAUCUAGUUUGGUGGGUGCCUUUGUUUCGACUCAUGGUAAGAGCAUCGAUGACGUAGACCGUUCGAUUGUGGAAGCGCGCAACGCUCUUGGGGAAGUCACUAACGAAUUGCAGGAACGUCUUCAUCGCUGGAAGCAAAUUGAAACGUGCCUAGGCCUGAGCAUUGUUAAUAAUAAUGGAUUAUCCUACUUGGAGAAUGUUUUGUAUAAUCGCAAUGGUGGCAUCACUAACAGCACAGGUGGUCUUAGUUCCUCAAAGGGUUCUAGAGCUCGUAUUACAAGUAGCACCGAUGAUCUGGACGAUGAAUCAGUACAAGGUAAGAUGAAUUUUGAGAAUUUUUCUCUGCUUGCUACGGAGUAAAAUUGUUGCGUUGCGAAUGGAAAAAAAAACAAAAAACAACGCAGGAUACACCUAUCUAGCUGGCCCCUAUAAGUGAUUGAGUACCAGACAUAUGCUUGAACAGCUAUGUUCCAUACAUAUAUAUUUUUUUUAAAGCUCAUUUAUUGUUAUUUUUUAAUCGCGUCUACCACACUCAACCAUACGAAACUGUCACCGAAACUUAAAAAAAAAUUAUCUCUUCAUAUUAGUAAAAAACUCAACAUAUUUACCUUCAUAUGCACUAACAAAUAAUUGAGUUCUAUUUGACCAAUAUUUAUUACUAGCAUAUUAAACUAAAAUAAAAUAUUCUGAGUAGGAUACAUCGAUAAAUACCAUAUUUGCGUACAGAAAAAUCCAAUAUCUUCCAGAUGCAUGGUGAACGUUAAAGUUUAUUUGCAUACUUUUGCUACAUAUGUAUAUUAAAAAAAAACAUCACACAAAGUGUGGCCUGUAUAAUGCUUAAUUAUGUAUAUGCAGGUAUUUACAUAUAAAUCUACAAUUUUGUGUAUUACUUAUCUAAUAUAAUUAUUGAACUAAUUCGGCAGUCAGAGUUAACGUAUAAAUACAUGAAAUAUUCCAUUAUAUUUAUUAUAUUUAGUAUUUAUGAUUCAUUCGAAAAACUGAUUUUAAAUGUAAAAGUCCAUAAAAAUCUUUAAACAUGGUGCUCCCAUUCUUAAGAAGCAAAAUAUUUGAGUAUUCAAUAUACAUAUAUUUUGUAAUUAUUUUUUGUUUUAUUGUACUGUAUCAUUUUUUUUAUUUUUUCUUCAUGGUAUACAAUUUCCAGACGCAUAAAUAAUAUACUAUAAUGAACAUGCAAAUUUGAACAUGUCUUACAAGAGUUGCAUCGGUGUUUUUGAAUAAUGCAUCUUAUACGGUUCAUUAUUUUCAUGCCAUCACUUGAAAAUAAAGCUUGAAGUGAAAAAUACUUAAGUAUUUGCAUAGUUUUUUUUUGUUACUUAAUACAUUGUUAGUUGCAUUAUUCACGUAUUUAUAUAUGUGCUGAAACUUGAUUACUAUGCUUCAUAUAUCACUAAAUGUACAUAUGUAUAAGUAUUUAUGUACCAGAUUUUUUUGUACCCAAAUCAAAUCAUUUGAUAAUGACUAUUAUAAUGGAUCCUUAUUAAAAGUGUGCAAAUACACUCCGUGCCAAUUGAAUAGCAAUACUAAUAAUAAGAAUUUGGACUCGAGCUGUUGUUUCAGCAUGUAAAACGCGAAUCUUUGAGAUAAUUAAGAGAAUAAAAUGUUUUCCAUUUGCGAAAAAACUAAUUGUUUAACUGUUAGCUAUAAGUUUUGUCCACAUCUAUAAAUUCCUUUGAAUAUAGAACUGUACAUUUUGAAAUUACCUUUUGGACCUGGGCAUUAUCACAGCACUGUCGUCAUAAUCGAAAUAAACCAAGUAUCUAAAAAAAAAAACAAA